GAAAUGCUGAGCUUUAUUUUGAAAUUGCGGACAGCAGUCACCGGUCAGCAGCUACACGGCCAUGGGAUGACMCCGAUUUAUUUCCAGAACAAACAUAUUUCAAAUCAGAAAUUCACUUUAAAUUAUAGAUAAACUGUAAUUUUCGUAUUUKAUGCUAGCUUGUUUGUUUGAAGAUCGAUAGUAAAGCUAAAGCGGCAGGGCGAAACUUGUUGACAAGAAGGACUUCCUACGGGGAAGMGCAGUAGGAGUUUUCUGUGGCGGACGGAGCGGGAGUGCCGUAACACACCGUCAUGGAGGACUCGGUGUCGGCCCUGGAGAAGAACGCAGCUGACCUGACGGUGAUGGACGUGUACGACAUCGCCGCGGUGGUCGGCCAGGAGUUCGAGCGAAUCAUAGACCAGUACGGCUGCGACGCUCUGUCCAGGCUGAUGCCCAAGGUGGUGCGGGUGCUGGAGGUCCUGGAGGUGAUGGUGAGCCGCAGCAGCAUGAGCCCGGACACCGAGGAGCUGCGGCUGGAGCUGGACCGGCUGCGGUUGGAGCGGAUAGAGCGGCUGGAGAAGGAGCGGAGGCAAAGACAGGAGCUUGAGCGGGUGGAGGAUGUGUGGCGAGGAGAAGCUCAGGAUCUACUCUCCCAGAUUGCUCAGCUGCAAGAGGAGAACAAAACCCUCCUGUCCAACAAACCCAUCAAAGACUCUGUGAACGAGGACUACCUGCAGAGGCAUGAGGGUAUGACGGAGAGGGAAAAGCAGGUGAUGAUGAAGCUGAAGGAGGUAGUGGAUAAGCAGAGAGAUGAGAUUCGAGCGAAGGAUCGUGAACUCACACUAAAGAAUGAGGACAUAGAAGCACUUCAGCAGCAGCAGUCUCGUCUUAUGAAAAUCAACCACGACCUACGUCAUAAAAUUUCUGUGGUGGAGGCUCAGGGGAAAGCUCUGAUUGGGCAGAAGGUGGAGCUGGAGGCCAGCGCUCAGGCACAAGCACAGGAAGUCAGUGCCUUGCGGCAAGACGUGGCACGGUUACGGGAACGAUUUCAAGGAGAGACGCCUUCGCGGGCCUCUGAGGAAUCAUUGCCUCAGCCCCCCUCACCAGCUGAGGAGGCAUUUUGUGAGGAGGACGAGUCAGGUGGCCUGGACCCCAAGGACCCCAAUAGGCCCCGGUUCACCUUGCAAGAACUGAGGGACGUCCUACAUGAGAGGAAUGAACUCAAAGCCAAAGUAUUUCUACUUCAGGAGGAGCUGGCGUACUACAAGAGUGAUGAAACCGAGGAUGAAAUUGAAACUCUGUCUCCGUCUCCCUCCCCUGAACUGAGGAUUCACUCCAGAUCUUCAACUCAGCCAGAAUCGGGAAUCAAACGCCUGUUUAGUUUCUUCUCUCGUGACAAACAGCGCAGYUUGCAGCGAGGCGUGCAGUUCGACUCCAGCUUCAACCCCUGGACACCAAAAGAUGAGGCGUACACAGAACAAGCCCAAGAGGCCUUACAGCACAUGUAGUCUCUGCAUCACAGCACUCCACCGCACAACAAACUACCACCAGCAACUGCAGCUGAAAUAAAAUGUGCUUCAAGGUGAAGGACUCUUGAAGAAAUGCAUCAAAACAUCUAAUUUAACCCUGAACAAUCUGUCGGAAGGAGAUGGCUCAAAAGACUGAACAGCUUUUAAAAUUUCAGCAAGUGAUUUGGUUUAACAGGAAGUCUUAGUUAUGAAACUUAUGUUGAAGGAUGUGAAAUAAUGCAGAACAAACAGAAUGAGUGUUAGARCAAAGAGAAGACAUAAAAAGUCUGCUACAGUUUACUUUGAUAGAAAUGUUAUAUUGUUCAGAUUAACUCAAGUUUUUUUAUUUCAUUCUAAGCAACAUAUGGCCCGAUAAACAUCCAUUUCUUGAUGUUUUACAGUGUCUCCAAAACUAAAAUGCGGUGGUAAUGGUUGGUUUUUAGUUUCUUGUGUAAAAAUUGUGUUUAUGAAUUAACAGUUUUUCCAAACCUCUUUUAUUUGGCAUUUUCUAAAAGAAGGGUUUAACAUUUUUAACAAUUCCUCAUACAGUUCCCUCUAAGCAUUGGAACAAUAAAUCAAAUUCCCUUGUUUUUGUUAGACACUGAAGACAUUUGGGUUUAAGAUCAAAAGAUGAGCAUGAGACAAGAGUUCCGAAUAUCAGCUUUCAUUUUCUGGUAUUUACAUGUACGGGUUUCAUUGUCCUGCUGCAUGAGUUUGGGUGCAUUUCUCAGUAAAUUGGCAGACAAAAUGUUUCUGUACAUUUCAAAAUUCAUUCUGCUGAUAUCAUUAUCAGUUACACCUGCACCAUGCUUCACAGAUGAGCUUGUGCGCUUCGUAUCAUCACCAGAUCCUUUCUUUCUCAACACCUUGGCCUUUCCAUCACUUUAGUAAAGMUUAAUCUUGGUCUCAUCAGUCCACAAGAUUGUCUUUCAGAACUUUUGAGACUCAUCUCUGUGCUUCUUUGCAAAUUUCAAUCUGGCCUUCCGAUUCUUAUUACUUAUGAGUGGUUUGCAUCUUUGGAUAUGGCUUCUAUGUUUCUGCUCUCUGAGUCUUUUUCCAACAGUGAUUUGUGAUACCUUCACCCCUGCACUGUGGAGGUCAUUGGUGAUGUCAUUUCCUGAUGUUUUGUUUUUUUUUUCUUCACAGCUCUCACAAUAUUUCUGUCAUCAACUACUGUUGUUUUUCUUGGCCGACAUGUUGGAUGUCUAUUGCUCAGUACACCAGUUGUUUCUUUCUUAUUCAAGACAUUCCAAAUUGUUGUGUUUGCUAUGCCCAAUGGUUGUCCAAUGGUUCUGAUUGAUUUUCCUUCUUUUCUCAGCUUCAAAAUGGUUUGCUUUUCAUCCGUAUGAUCAGGCAGCUCCCUGGUCUUUAUGUCGGUUUAUCUYUUUAACAAGAAAUACUUACUUUAUAAGUUUAAACCCAGGCCAAAAAGUAGRCUAGUCAUGCAGAGCUAUUUGAUGUUUGAACAAUCAAUCUUAAAAGUAACGCCUUGUCAAUAAGAAACACCURUCAGUCAGUCACAUGUUCCAAUAGUUUUCUCACCUGAAGAAUGGGUGGGUUCAGACAAAGGGUGUUUCUGAGUUGUUUAACACAUCUACUUGUAAAUACAAGAAAAUAUAAGUUGACAUUUGGAACUCUUGUCUCAUGCUCAUCCUUUGAUCUUAAACCCAGAUGUCUUCAGUGUCCAUCAAAAAACAAGGGAAUUUGACUUGCUGUUCCAAUAUUUCUGGAGGGGACUGUGUGAUCAUUGGAUUUUUCAAUUUUUUGUCUAUGAAGAUGGACACAGUCAUUAUAAUUUUAAAUUUUGGUUCAUUUACCACAUCAAACCUUUGAGUUUAAGGGUUUAAUCCAUCAGUAUUUCUGUUCUGCAGUUUCUGAUUGAAAACCUUUAGACUAGACUUGGAGAACUUUAUACUGAAAUAUGCUAAAUUUUUAUUUUUCUUUAUUUGUGCCUAAUUGAUCAUUGUUUGUUGUUCCAGAACCAGACUGAGUAUGAAUGUUUUAAAAAUGAAAAAGACACACAAGUUGGCAUAUUUUAUGAUAACAAAUAUUCAUUCUUGUGUGCCAUUAUAUAUAAAGCAAGUCCAAUAUUCCA